AUGGUUCUUAACAAAUUAGACAGAGCGCCUCCUCACUAUUUUGGAGCAGGACCUGCUCUGUUGCCUACAGAGGUUCUUCAACAGGCCGCUGUAGAGCUCAUUCAGUAUCAGAACUUGGGGAUCGGUUUGGGCGAGAUGUCUCAUCGUUCGUCACAGGCAAUUGAUAUUAUUAAUACUACCAAACAGAAAGUCACUCAGCUUUUGGACGUUCCUGAUACUCACGAGGUGUUUUUUGCUCAGGGUGGUGGUACUGGCGGUUUUGCUGCUGUCGCUGGUAAUUUGUUAGCAGCUCAUGCUCAUAAGACUGGCAAGAAAGGUGUUGCCAAUUAUAUUGUUACUGGAUCAUGGAGUCAAAAAGCUGCUGAAGAAGCGGAACGAUUAGGUGCCGAUGUCAAUAUCGUUGUUGAUGCUAGAAAAUUCACUCCUAACGGCAAAUAUGGUGUGAUUCCUGCUCAAUCGGACUGGAAAUUCACUCCUAAUGCUGAAGACAUUGCUUAUGUUUAUUAUUGUGAUAACGAAACUGUUGGAGGUGUCGAAUUCCAUGCUCCUCCUGAGGUUCCUGAAGGAGUUGAACUGGUUGCUGACAUGUCGUCAAACUUCCUAUCCAAACCAGUUGAUGUGUCCAAGUUUGGACUCAUCUUUGGAGGUGCUCAAAAGAACAUUGGCAUUGCCGGUAUCUCGCUAUACAUUAUCAAGAAGAGUCUAUUGCAACAUGCUUCUCUCGAGCAAUUGAGACAGUUACAAGUGCCCAUCAUCCCCAUCUUCUUGGACUUCCCCACUCUUGUCAAGAACAACUCGGCCUAUAACACUCUGUCGAUUUUCGCGCUACGAAUCGUGCAAUUGAACGUCGAGCACCUGCUAGCCAAAGGCGGUCUCAAAGCUCAAGGUGAAGAAAGUAAACGCAAGGCUGCCAAAAUCUACGCUCUCCUCGACAAGCACCCCGAGAUCUACAAAUCUCCAGUGGCCCCUACUGCCCGCAGCAACAUGAACAUUGUCUUCACCAUCCCCGGAGAUGGAAAAGAAGAAACUUUUAUCAAAGAAGCAGCCAUCUGGGGCCUCACCGGUCUCAAGGGUCACCGUUCGGUCGGGGGAAUCCGUGUUUCCAACUGUAAGUCUACUGGGGAUGUUUUGCCUCCGGCGGCUGGGGCUCCGCCCUAG